AUGGGGCACGGUACAAGAGUCGCUGGGCGGAUCAGCCGACGAGAUCUUGAUGAGAGAUGGGAAGGUCUUAGGCAACUCCGUUAUGAGCAGGGAGAGAAAGAUCAGUCAGGCAGUAAUACGCUUCCCAAGACUGCAUACCAUACGGAUGUCGAUCGAGGUCGGGCUUCGACUGGGACUACAUCGAGACAACCGGACUUCGCCAUUUCGAAGCCCCUAAGUGCGGCCAUGUCAAAACGUUCCCAAAGGCGGCAAUCAAACUUCCUGAACGAUCAUGGAGACGACGUGGCAAGCAUGAAUUUCCAAGACAGAACUCAACAAACCGAACUGCAGACCUUGCAUGCUGGGAGCAUCAAUCUGCACUUCUUCGCGACAGCGAUACGGGAAACCAUAGCUCUGACCAACGCUAGUAUCGUCUUCUCAAAGAUAUAA